CUUGGAUUCAUAUUUACAUAAUCUGCAAUACCUUUUUGUGUUACUCGAUAAUGUGCAUGUGCCCGUGACUAGAAAACUCGGAUUGGGGACAAACUGGAGUCAAUCUACAAUUCAGAAGUAGAAAAACAAUUAUCUGAAAGAUGUUCCCCUGGUCUGCUAUGUUCUCGCUGGAGCCGAAGAUUCCUGGCCAGCGCACACCGGAGGAGCUGGUCACUAACACUCUGAUGUUGGAGCUGGGUGCCAUGGUGAAGCGUACUGAACGUAUCUGCUUGGAGAGGGCCAGUGAGGUGCGUCGAAGCUCCUCAUCCUCACCAGACUACAGCUGGCUGGCCGGGCCUCAACCCCACGUACCGUACGAGCUCACGCCUAGAGAUGUGCUGGACUUGCAGGAGCUCUGUGCACGGAUCCCACCUCCACAGUGUGGCCCUGUCAUUGUCAGGUUUCGUAAUCUAGUGUCUGAGAUUGAGCCAGAGGUUCAUGAGGUCCCCCAGCUGUUCCGCUCGGUGCUGAGGGCCUGUCUGGAUGAGGAGCAGGCUGAUGAAGAGCUGCACAUGCGCACAGCCCGUUGGGAGAAGAGGCGCAGUAAGAGCCUUUCAUUCGUCACAUUCCGAUCCAAGUUCCGUGCACUUAGCCGUGGCAUGGGCAGCUUCAGCGGUUCUCGUGGCAACCUGCAGGAGGAAAACACAUGGUCAGAGGAGGAAGAGGAGGAAGCUGCGGAGCAGGUGAUGUCAGCGGCGCCACGAGCGAGAAGAGGGAGGAGCCACAGCAUGCCAGAAAUAAUCCCCACAGAGGGAUCUUCUUAGAGCUGCAGAGUGAGGAGCAAAGCAGUAGGGAACAGGGCAAUGUGGAGAGGAGGAGGGAAAGAUGGAGAUCUAAGAGAGUAGCACCAAUGUGCAAAACACGUAGCAUGAUGAAGUCUGUACAAGAGCUUGUGCUUACAUUGUUAUUCACACAUGUACUUACACCAAAGAUCAAAAGUAUGAACAGUUGAAACCUCAGUCUAGUGACUUUUUGAAUUUUUUUUGAAGAUUUGUUUAUAAUUACUGUACAUUAUUACCAAAGUUUCACAUUAAUAAAACUGCUUAUACCACAGCGCUGUUGAAUUCUCAAAUAUGAUUGGUCAGAAGGUGUUGAUUAAUUUUCUGUAACAGCAACUCUGAAAGUAGUGCCUGCUGCAAGGCUAAUCACAGGUUUAUAUUAAUGUGCUCAUUCUGAUACGUUAUCAUUCUAUAUGGUAACAGCUCAUUCA